UCUUCUACCAACGGGGACGAAGUCGCGGGCAACAGCUAGUUAUUAUAUAUGCAGUUAAUAUUCUUAUAAUGAGGUUUAGAUUAUCUCACUGACAAGAACAAGACUUAACAGAGCAACCAACUUGUAAUAUAAAUUCUGUCGGCAAAGACACGGACUGAGUAGGUACGUUAUUACUAACUUUUUGUUCCUGAAUGUUGUUGUAAUAGUUUCCUAGUCUUGGAUAUGUAUAAUUUUAUUACAUUGAACCUAGAUAUUACAUAUGUAAUCCUUCCGUAACUUUAUGUGAAACAAGUUUUAGAUUUCUAAUGGCUCCUUGUAUGAUAAUGUCGUGAAAUUACUAUCGGUAGGUAUAAGUAUAAUAAUCAAAAUACAUUGCGAUUUUCUGAUUGAACACUGACAAAGAAACUAUAAUUUGAAUCCAUUUUUUCGUUUAUUUAUGGGCCUAAAGCUAGAAAAGGUAUAUCCUAAACAUUUCCGCAUGGAAACGUUGACACCUGUAACCCAACUAUACAACCUACUUGAAUCAAUGAAGGUACGCUUACGCUCAACUGCGCCUGAAGUUCGAGAGAUCAUACCCUGAUCUCUAAUUAUUACGAGUAUUUCAGAGUACCUAAUACGACCCCAUAGUUGAAGUGCGUCGCUGCGCGUGCGUCGCGCCGCCCGGUGCGCUAUGAAUGGGUGCGCGGACGCAGACGCGGCGCAGACGUCGUGCGGGAAACGCGUGCGACGCGGACAAGUGAAUACCGUGUAUAAUAGUGCUGCACUUUACUGAGAUCGAACGUUCAAUAUGUUUUGGAUACAGUCACAUGUGUGGUUGUUGCUGUUCCUCGUGACAGCCGCAUCGCCUCGCUCUUUCUCUGCAGACAUGGUAGCUGCGGAUGGUUCGCCCAUUAAUCAUAAUGCGAACACUACGUAUAAAACUGAAGAUGAAAACCAAAGCAGCUUAACAUCAAUAUUUUCACCGCGAAUGGAUUUUGAACAAUGGAAGCCUUUAACAGGUCGCGGAGACCCGCUGCGGAAUGAUCCGACAUAUGAUUACGAACCUCCGGUUCUCGAAAGAGUUCACUAUUGGGCUGAUGACUCUAGACUCGAAAGGGAACAUUUUCCAGAAAGAAAGUCUGAAGUUCUCAUGCUUGGAGUCUCUUCCCGAAAACCAAGUGUUACCUCUCGACAGCCUCCCUUGCCGCCCUUACCACCAAGACGACACGUUCAUCGACCCUUACUAAACAAGUACGAAGACUUCACGUAUAAACUGAGUGAACACUAUCCAAUGACAAUAUUAGUCCCACCACCGCCACCGCCUCCAGGUCACCAACCUCAGCUGUUUAUUCUACCAGAAGAAAACCCUCCAAAUGCGAAUAAAGUGCCACCACAAAUAAAACCCGUUAGCUUAUCGAAGGUAAAAGAUUCAACAGUUGCACCUGAAGAUCCUACGUCUUUAUAUGCACUACAAGAAUCGAAUUUAAUUUACCAGUCUUCGACGACUAUCCAAAAUUGGAUAAGUGACGCCAAUCAAAACAAAUCCGUGAUAGAAAAUGCUGUAAGCAGUGAUUACGCUGGCUGGGGGCCAACUACUCCGGUAGACGAUACUGAUGCAGUAAAUGACACACAUAAUUUAAUUCUGAAUGAUCAUUCAGAUUUACGUCAUCCCUAUUCAUUUUAUAAACCCAUGCUAUCAGAAGCACCGCCGCCACCAAAGAUCCAAGUUAACCCACUUUUGGUACCAACGUUUGUUCCCACUGUGUUACCACCAACUACCGUGAGCCCACCUACUCAAGUAUUUACUAAAGUAACAUGGCCCACAGAGAGAACUACUGAAACUGUUGAAGUCACAACCGAAACACCCCAGGAGACAACGACUGAAAGGAGGACCACUCCAGUAUUCCAACCAACACCGAUACCUACUACAGUAACUAAAUUUCAAACAAGUCUGUUUGACAUGCUCGGACCGAUGAUGUCGAUGCCAAUGGUGAAUGGCCCAGAGCGACCUGAAGAUAAUUUGUACGCUCACGCGUCUGAGAAUGUCCAUGUGUUCGAUGAACAAAAGCCGGAAGAUAUUCAAAUUGAAACAAUGCAAACUAUGCAGCCACCCCCACCACUAAAGCAAGCUGAAAGCUCAACAACAUCACAAAAGCAACAGUUCCACGUUAAUUCACAAGGAUUAAACAAAAAUCCGGCCUUAUACACACACGGACCGUAUUUGCAUAUGCGUUUUACUACACCGAUACCAACUACCGUAGAAGAAUAUUCCGAAAGUCUCAAGCCAACCACUGAAGCCCCGACUGUUCCAAUGUAUCUUAUAAUACAAGGGCAUUCAAAGGUUAAAACUUAUGGAUCUAAACCUAAAGUUCCUGACAGCAAAGAGACGAUCAAUAAUGAAAUCAACAAACAUUUGGAAACCAACGAAGUUAAACAUCUUCACCCCUUAAACAAAAAAUCUAAGAAAUUGGAUUUAACGGAUGCUAGUCGAAAAAAUCAAGCAAAAAGUUUAAAAACACUGAUUGAUAGUGGUCAUGGAUCAAUUGAAAUACAAGAAACAGAUGUUGGAAUAAAAUACGAUGUUAGUGACGGUAGUGAGGUGCCAAUAGAAAUAUAUAGAAAGGGAAUUGUGGAUAACGAUGAGAACAAUUAUUCAUCGGCAAAGAAAUCUGCGUUACAAAUUAGAACUAAACGACAAAUUGAGCUCGAAGAUUUAUUGCCGUUUGAUGAAGAGACUAUAGAAGAAUACGUGUACAACUUUUUGGAGGGAAGAAAAAAUGAGACCAGUAUCACUGGAUUGAUUGCCCAAGCGGUAACGAGUGACGCAGCAAACGCAGUAGAUGAACUGGAAGAUGAUGACGACAGCGAGCUCGAAGAAGAAAGAUGACUGGAUACUAGGCGGAGUUCUGAGACCUAUUAGUAUAAAUUACAUAGCAAAAUACCAAAAAAGCAAUCAAGAUUCUGGUGCAGAAGAUAGGUAAUUGAAUAAUUUGACAUUAAAUUAAUCUGUUGAUCGACCCCACCGAUGGAUCAGCUUCCUCUGAAAUAUAAUUUUGCACCUCAAAGCGAGAUCCCGUUUAAUAACUUACUACAUAACUCGUGAAUAACUAUGGGACACAAACGAUCGAGUGCUCAAAUAAAAGGUUAGAUAUUCUCAGUCACGGUACCUAGAUAAGAUUGGUACAAUUUAUUCCCCUACGAAAAAGUACGUUCCUUAAUUAUUGAUUCAAUUAAACUGACGAUAUGUGAGUUAAGUACAAAAAGCUGUCAACUUUCUUGUGACCCAAUGAAAAUUUUAUGAGCGUAUAGCAGUUAUUUAGAGACGGUGUAAACAAUUGGAAUAACGAGACUAUUUUGUAUGUUAGUUAAUAUAACGUAGUGAACGUAUUUAUUUUAGUAUUAAGAAUGAAUUUACAUUAUAUUAUAUUUUUAUACAUCAA